CAGACAUGAGGUGAAAGGUGAGUGCCCACGGAGCUCCUCUGGAGCUAAGGCAGCCCGCCAGCCAAUGCCGGUUGUCGCAGCUCCGAGCUCUUUGCGCCUCCUCCUCCGCUGCCCGCUGCCCUGCCCUUUUGUCCUCCGCCUUCUGCAAUUCUCCCCUCUGCUGCCCUGUCCGCUCGUCGUCUUUCUUCUCCUCGCAUUCCCCUCUCCUCCUCGACCGCCGCUCCCAGAAACUUCAACCCUCGCCAUCGUCCCCCACCCUCCCCUCACUCUCCCCCAUUCGCGCUCGACAAAGCUCCCACCCCCCUUCGUCGCUGGCUGACCGCAAUGGGGACAGUCCAGAUGGCCCACAGGACUGAGACUUCUCAGAAACCGAUCCCGGCAAUCGAUAGACUUCAAGACUCGACCGGCUCCCGAAUCGUC